GCUUGUUUAUAUGUCUUUGGGUGUUGUGUGUGACUCUCAAUAAAUAAUUAAUGGGGGUGGCUGAAAUUUCAACUACCAUUAUCCAUCUGCUAGUUCGGCACAGUCCAGACGUUAUUCCACGUAGUAAGACUAGCUGGCAGCUCUCCUUCUCCCCGCGAUGCAUACACUCGAAAAGCACGCCUCUCAGUUUAAAUGAACUGGAAAGAGUCUGUCUCUCUCUUUCUCGAUUUCCUUCUCUCUCUCCACUGCUCAAACACAUUUUGUCCGUCUUCCUAAGCUUAUUAGCUCAGGGUACUGACCCCUUUAUGAAUGGUAAGUAUUGAUGUGUGGUGUUUGGAACUGAGUUGGCCCCUUCCGUGAUAAUCUCUUUUUAGAGACGGAGGGACGGGCUGUAAAAUUGGUCACUCACAGAUGAUAGUGACCCUUUUUCGAUCAUGAAACAUAUCACCUCCGACCUCUUCUAAAUGUAGCUUUCGGACCUCAGUGAAGUGUUUGUAAGACCUACGCCUCAUGGGACUUGGCCAGGAUACAUAUCUGUGAAGAAAAGAACAUUUGCCAACCAGCAAAUACGGAAAUGGGAACUUUGCUUUGUUAAGACUAGUUGUUUUUGGAUUCACUGUCUUCCGGCACAUGACACAGCUACGAUUGCCUAGUUGUGUUUAUGGGGGCUACUGAAGGAUUUGUUAAGCAUACACUUGCAGAGGCUAAUGCAGGAUUUGUGAAGCACCCUCUUGCAGAAAGAGCACUUGUUUUGUACACAUUAUUUUCCUUGUUGUAAUGCUGCUUCUGAGUAAAACAGUUUGGUCGGGUUCUGUGAUACCACAGACAGCCGUGAGGUUGAUAUUAUUCAUCCCAACAGUGGGACCGGAGGUUGUUACGUCUUAAUCACGGGAGGCCUGGGGCGCACAAAAGUGCUUCUGUUGCGGAGAAGUGAAGUCACUUUAAAAGUCGUCCUCCUUGUCUCGUAGAGGGUGGGUCUGUACUAGCUGUUAAGCCUGCCCCAUUAUCCAGUUACAGGGCAGUGAAUGGGCCUCUGUCCCCUGUAGUUAACUGGCUUUAUUCAUGGACGGGGAAUACACAGAAAGUGUGACUUCGGAGGGUGACUCCUUAUCGGUUAUCCGGUUGGCAUUAUCUUGUCUUUGGAUUAUUUAUUUAAUUGCUUCUGUGGGGGACAUGGUGUGUAGUGAGCAAAGGUGCCACAUUGUUCACUGGUGACUAAAAGCGGUCUAUUGACAUAUAGGCUGAUCUGGUCUUGGAGCCUCCAAUGCACAGGUGGCCAAGUCUCUGUGAUGAGGAGGAUGGUGAAGCGCUGGGUCAUGUCAUCAUCUUGGUUAGCUCAUUAAGACCACUGGUAUGUGAUCUGUGGUUAUUCAUAGUCUAGGAAACAAUCUUGAUACCAUCCCUUAGCAUGGUUGGUGAAAUACAUACGAGGAUAGUAGAUAUAGGCCAGCUUGUGUACUCGGUUCCUGACUAGGUCUACCUACAUAGAAUAAUCCAAACUGGCAUAAUUUGGGGUCUUUCUACCCAGCUACUAAUGCUCAUUCUCGGGAGACGACAGGUUUAUUUUAUCCCUGCUGCUAGUCUGAUUCUGGCACGGCCUGCCGAAGGGGCGGAGCUGUGACAUGGAACCUCAGAACAGUGGUGGUACUAUCUCGCUCUUUGAGGUGUUGGCUGUUCCGUUUGGCACACAAGGUCACAUUCACUGGCUGCCAGCUCUGUCUGACAGCCACGGGUGAGCACGGCGUGAGCCUCAUAGGAUUUAUUGAUCUAAUAGCUCGCUCGGCAGGAAAGUCUUUGUUUGGUGUAAAUAAUAGCGGCUUGGUACUAGUUUGGAUAUUUUUUCGUUUGUGGAGCCUUCUAAACCUGUUUUUAACUCUGCAGUAGGUGGAUUAAUUGGUUAAAUCAAGCACAAUGUUUCAUAACUGAUAUAUUAAAUAUGCAGUUAUUAGCCUAGCUAGUGCAUAACUAGCAAGACAAGCGCUUUCUCAAACAGAUGGAGAAUGUCUCUGUUUAAAGUAAGAGAAUGAUAUACAACCAAUCUGAAAGAGAAAAUGGUUGUUUAAAUGUUGUUGAAACAUUCUCAUUUAGAAAAACUAAAAACGACUACAUUGUGUCACCACUCAAGUAAGUGGCAGUACUGUCAUAAACGCUCAUCAGAUUUGACCAGGAAGCAUGAACUGUGAUGAAUGUAAAGGUGUAAGUGUUAGUUUAUGGUGGCUCUGCAGUCUCUUCGUGUGUAGUUGCUCCACUGGUAUGGUGGAGGUGUUUAACACCUGCAACAAAUGUUGACAAACCAACCAUACAAAGCCUGGCCAUGAUGAAACCUUAAGUGUGAUUUUAGACGACCAAGAAGACGCCAAAAGAAGCUGAUCUUCUGUUGAUGGAUCGACGCGCAACCUUCUUGGACGAGCGAACAUAAGAGUGUGUCCAACAUGUUGACAGCUUCAGAAAGGAACUGACGGCUAAUUAUUUUGAGUUUUGGAAGUAUGAGGCUCACUUCCCCAAGAAACCCUCGCUCUCCUUCGAUGAGAUGGCCGUUUUCUCAGCUGGAACAUCCUGGUCCUUGUUCCCCCAAGAAAAUGGUACCCUCUUCAGCCCAUAGCUAAUGCCAAGCUUCCAGCAUGUGGAGCGACUUUGAGAGGUUGAGUGUGGCGUGAAAAGCGACAGGAUGACUCGGCUGUGAGGAUAGGAGACUGAGGACGUGUUAAUUGUGGGAGAGCCCUCCUUCCGACAGCAGCACCAAUGUUCUCCCCCGACCAAGAAAACAUCUCCACCACGACAGCCUCCACCAAAGUGCCAGUCAAAUAUGGGGAGCUCAUUGUUCUGGGGUACAAUGGCUCUCUACCCAACGGGGACAGAGGAAGGCGUAAAAGCCGUUUCUCUCUGUGCCGGAGACCAAAGGCCAAUGGCGUGAAACCCAGCACAGUGCACGUAGCCUGCACACCUCAGGCAGCCAAGGCCAUAAGCAACAAGGACCAGCACAGCAUCUCCUACACACUGUCCAGGGCUCAGACGGUGGUGGUGGAGUAUACUCACGACAGCAAUACGGACAUGUUCCAGAUCGGGCGGUCGACGGAGAGCCCCAUCGACUUUGUGGUGACAGAUACUGUGCCUGGAGGUCAGAGCCACGGCGACAGCCAGUCGGUCCAGAGCACCAUCUCCCGCUUCGCCUGCCGCAUCAUCUGCCAGAGGAGCCCCCCGUACACGGCACGCAUCUACGCCGCAGGCUUCGACUCGUCCAAGAACAUCUUCCUGGGGGAGAAAGCAGCUAAGUGGAGGAUGCAGGAAGGCCAGAUGGACGGGCUGACGACCAAUGGCGUGCUAGUGAUGCACCCGCGCCAUGGCUUCACGCAGGACUCCAAACCAGGCCUGUGGCGAGAGAUCUCCGUCUGUGGCAACGUGUUCACUCUGAGGGAGACCCGAUCUGCACAGCAACGGGGCAAGAUGGUGGACAGCGAAUCCCAGGAGCUGGUGGACGGCUCCCUUAUCGACCUGUGCGGCGCCACCCUCCUGUGGCGCACGGCCGAGGGCCUCUCGCACACGCCCACCGUCAAACACCUGGAGGCGCUGCGCCAGGAGCUGAACGCCGGUCGCCCCCAGUGCCCCGUGGGCUUCAACACACUCGCCUUCCCCAGCCUGCGGCGCAAGGAGGUCCUGGACGAGAAGCAGCCGUGGGCCUACCUGCGCUGCGGACACGUCCACGGCUACCACGGGUGGGGCGGCCACCGCGACGCCGAGGAGGAGGACGCGGAGGAGGGUCGGGAGCGCGAGUGCCCCAUGUGCAGGACAAAAGGCCCCUACGUGCCCCUCUGGUUGGGCUGUGAGGCAGCGUUCUACUUGGACGCCGCACCGCCCACUCAUGCCUUCAGCCCCUGUGGUCACGUGUGCUCGGAGAAGACGGCAAGCUUCUGGAGCCAGAUCCCGCUGCCGCACGGCACGCACACCUUCCACGCUGCCUGUCCAUUCUGCGUCCAGCAGCUGGCUGGAGAGAGCGGUUAUGUCAGACUCAUCUUCCAAGGGCCCCUGGACUAGACUACUGGAAAGCCCAUAGACUUCAAGGCUGUGAUUUGACUCCCUAAUCAAGCUAUUGGUGGAAACCAGCACAAGCUUAGAAUUUUCCGAAUUUUCUUAACUUAAAAUAUUUUGGAGAGCUUUGGAAUAUUUUUGGGCUUCUACUUACAAAUGAAGUGACCUUUCCAGAAGUGCUGUUACUUGUUUGAAUACAGUUUAACUAUAUUUUCACAACAUUAUAACAAUACAGAAAGCUACAGUACAAUACAGGCUCAAUUCUGAGGAAAAACAUAAUUAGCAAUACAGUCUGAGGAUGAAUUGUGGGACUUUGUUAGUGUAUUUCCAGUUAGAGCAGAGACUAGGCUACUUUGUAAUGCUAGCUGCUAGUUUUUGAAGUGAUAUUGGUGAAUCAUAAUGAAAAUGUUUCACAUAAGUAAUACAUUUUUGGGGUAUGAGACAUGAAAGUGCUUUAUGUCUCCUGUUUCACAUGAAUUUCAACAAAGUGUCUUUACAUCAGAAUGUACUACUGUGCAUAGCCUACGCAUACAGAGAAUGUUAUACAAAUUAAAGUGACAUAGGCUUGCCCUCCAGGUAUUUUAUUCACGUUUGAAGUGAGGGGUGUGUCAUAGGUGAAAGUGGAGUUAACCUUAAUGAUAAUGAUUACACUUAUAAAUGAGAAGAAAUAUGACAUUAUCCACAUGUGCCGCUGAUCAGAGCUAAUGUACAGUAUUUAUGUGUCCACAUUUUUUAUCUAAACUGUCACCUUUAUUUUAAUGAAGCUUACUUUAAGCUAUUCAGCUGUAUCAUUAGUGUGUUUUUUGACCAACUUGCACUUAUAUUGGUAAAUUUCUUCCAUUUUAAUCAUGCUUUACCAUCUUCACACCCAGAUACCUUGAUGCAGGAUGUUGAGUACUGAAACAGCCUACUAUUGCAGCUGUUAAGCAGGAUUGUGUACCAACUGGAAAUAAUAAAAGUUGUUUUCAAUUGUU